AAAUAAAAUUUAACUAAAAUAAAUAAUCAAAAAUGGUACCAUAGCAGAAUGAAUUUAAGAUUACUGUUAGAGUUAGACGAAAACUUGAAAACUUUUCUGCCUAAACGAUAUAAAAGGGGCACCCUGCAAUUAGUAAGGCCUCACAAACAACAGCAACCUAAUUAGUACCCCCCCUUUCCUUAUCCACAACACAAAUUUCAUUACUGAUAAGCUCAGAACUAACUGCAUAUUUGUAUGUGUAUUAUUAACCAACAAUUGACUCCCUGAUAAGCCCCGAUAUGGAACCGAAUAAUUAAACAGUCUCCAAAUAUUAAAACCCGAACUGCCAAAAAUCUCGAUUGCCAGAUACCGUCAACCUAACCUCAAACCUUGCCGACGAGAAAAAUGAAACUACACCUUUAAGCCAAAACAACCUUCACCAUGCAUAUGUUCUUCUGGUGGGACUACAAAAUCACCGACUUUUUGUUCCACGGCCUCACAACAACCUCAGUGGGGAGUUUAUUCGGUGUCUGCAUAGUUGUAAGUGCUAUGUCAUUUCUCUUCGAAGUGUUGCGGUACUUCCAAGCCAAACACCGACAAAAGGAGCUCAUGCUCAGGUCCCAGCAAAUCAGAACUAUCUGUCCGACUGAAACUUCCACUCUGUUGACUGAGAAUAGCCAAAGCGCCACCCGUCCUCACAUUAAAAUCACCAGAAUCGAUAGAACGUUUCUAUUUGGAACGGAAAUUUCGCUAUGGUUCUCCUUACAAAACCUCGGAUACAUUUUGAUGCUUUCAGUAAUGGGGUACAAUGGAUGGGUGCUAAUUUCUGCCGUCGUGGGAGGCGGGGUGGGGUACUUUGUAUUCGGGCAGAUGUUUAUGAAGAUUAAUUUACAAAAUUGUCAAAUUAUUAGGGAUACGUGGUGCAUGCAAAAAUGUGGAGAACCAGAUCCUGAUCCUGAUCCUGACUCUGAUACCCAGUCCUCGCUUAUUGUGAGUCCUUCAACUGUCGUAAUCCCGUACUUAGAAUUUUCUUUGCAGAAAACUACCCAACUAGCAGAGACGGAGAAUCCACUCCAGCCCUAGAGAGUUCCGCUGCUUCCAGAAGUGCCUUAGACUGUCACGAAGUAGUGACAGCGAGUAUCCAUGCAGAAUGCCACACAUCCACCUAACUUGUUCUGUUAUACUAUUUUUAUAGACUUUAUAAUUAUCAUGUUAAAACAAAAUAUCGUCAAACUAUAUAA